ACAAUCGAUACCUGCAACGGCGCUGCUGAGAGCCGAGUGAGUUAUUUGAACGAACUAGCUAGGCUCUACCGCAGAUCAAUAAACAAUCCGAAGCGUGCCGUCGUGUGCAAUGGGCAACCGUACACUGCCGAAAUAUCGCAAAUUAAUCACAGGCACUUUGCGCUGUUGGGUGGAUCAGCGCAAGCUAAAACCGUCCAUUCACUACUGGAGUGUAGUGGCAGAGACUGGAUACCUACAUAUAUGGAAUGGCUUCGGAGAUCAACCCAACCGUUUGGAUAUUCACCAAAGCAUCAGUAAUCGUACAAUCAACGGCAGUGGUCAUGCAGGUCGUUCACUGCCAGACCUAGAUGGGGCGAACUUGGAUCGACAGAGGCUGGUAGUCUACAUGAUAUUGGAAAACUUAACAUCGGUUAGCCCGGCAGGAGCGACAGCAACGAAGAUUAUCUUGAUAAAGAGCAACAGCUGCAGCAACAGAAACAAAUGUUCUACCAUAAUUGUGGUGACAGUGGUAACCAACCGCAUCGUCCGCGUAUCUGAGUUGAUAGGACAGGACGCUACGGCAAUUGAGAUGAAACCUCUAUAUAGAUUAGUCGUCAUACUAGCAGAAAUUAAAGGUGAAAGUAAAACCACAGACAAACAGACGUAACACUUGCGAAAUUUCCAUCGACCACGCUUUUAACGAUCAUUUUAAAUUUUCAUAGUUGUGGUUUUCACAACCAGAGGCGCACGCGUCGUUUUUCUAUGCGUUUGACGUUUCACACUAGCGCCUUCUGUUGACGAUAUGGCACAACACAGUGAUUCGUGCAACUUUUCCACCAGGUGAUGGUAGUGUGAACUGGGCGAUGGAUUUCCAUGAAAAUCGUUCAAGGUGUUACGUCUGUUUGUCUGUGGUAAAACUGAUCUUACAGCCAGUGUUACGGGGGGGGAGAUUGUUGCUGCCAACACUGUAUAUCGUUGGUUUCAUUAUCAGUCAAAACAAUAGCGGAUGAUUAGAAGUUUGAAUUUGACAGAUGUCAGGAAGAAGCAGUAAGAAUAGUAAGAAAACGAGAAGCUGUCAGUAUGUUAACUAGUAUUCAGCGAGCAGAAAAGUGCAAAUUGUGUUAACGAAACAUUUUCUGUUCUACUUACAAUUCUAGUUGAAUAUUUUACUAACUUAUUGCUAAAAUCGAUAAAACACAAUGAAUUAAUAUUGAAAUUAACUUAUCUUAUACAAUAUGUAAAACCACGAAUAUCGAGGGAGAUGACUAGACAAGUUUCAAACAUGCUCUAAACCGUUAUUUCUUUGAGCUGACUCGCACCCAAAUUAAGGAGAUUGCGAUCUGCUAAAUAGAAACGGAGAAGAGCCCCCCUCUUUGUUCCCGCAACACUCAAAGAAAUAACGACACGAUGAACGCCAAGUCAACAGGCACAUAUUCGGACGUGUGUUCAGCACAACCGGGAGGCUGCGUCAAUUCCUCGCACCCCGAUCCGUCCGUAACCAGAAAGAGUUCCUUUUUCGUAAAUGAUUCCAGCCAAAACAAACGCUCCAGUCGUAUUGCCCUCCUGCUAAAACUUCACGAGGAAGAGCGCGCAAUCCAGCAGCGCGAGUUUGAGGCAGAGAGACGGGCUUUGGAGCAGGAGAGAGAAUGGCAAAGGAAAUACAAUUUGUUAGUGGAUCAACUUCUGGAGCGCCGCAAUACGAUCAAACGUAAUCGGAAUGUCGUUGAUAGAGCCGUCGUGGCGAAGCAAAGUGUACAGCCCCCGGAUCCAAGCGGCAACAAUUCGUCGUCAGAUGAUGAUAAUAAAUCGCUUACUGCCGACCGAGUUGGUGCUACCGAUGAUACAACUGUCGAAUCAUCGCAACGAUCACAUCAGAAGAAUAUGGUUAUCUGUGUAGAACAACAACCAAACCAGUCACUGCCGCCCUUGCUGCCGCCGGUACGAGCGGAUUACCCGGCAGAUCAACUACAUCUGGAUGGAAUUCAGCAGCGGUGUGCUCGCGCGUUUUCCGAAACAAUGCCGAAGAAACGAAUAACGAUAGCCGACAGCGUCAUGCCAACCGAAGGUAGAACUAUACCAGCUUUACCUCACGAAGCGAUCUCAACCAAACCAAACAACCAAACCCUGUCGGUUAAAAUCAAGCCAAGCAGUGUGUCUCCACCGAAAUGCUCACUGUCAGUUUCGGAAGGAAACAUAAUUCAUUUAGAUCAAGGUGUGAAUGAAGCUCUCUACAUAAAUGGAAUGCAGUCCAGAGCACCUCCUGCUGUUGUGGAUCCAAAUGUUCCUGAUCCCGCUCCUCCCCCCUUACGAUUAGAUGUACGAUCGCCUCGCCUUUUACUUUCUGCAGAUGGUACUUUAAAAUGUGUCGGUGUAUUCGAUGGUUUAACUCAGCUGACAUCAGUUAAAGUGAAGAGAUUAAGUGAUUUUCCGAUUGAGCUGCUUUCGAAUGGGAAUGUGGUGAUGUACAUAAGCAAACCUGACUGCGUCUUGGAUGUGCUGCUCACAACCCGGUGAUCGAUACAAUUCCUGGUUCCUCUCCCCGCCAACAUUCUUUAAAACAUUCAAUGGAAGGCUUUCUACCGAAAGCAGUAUCAGCGGGAAGCUGCGUUAAUUAUCCGCGCCCCGAUUCAAACUACAACCUGCCGUGUAUCGUCCAACGUACCGGCCGCAAUGCUUCCCCAGUGAAACAGAGUUCACUAUCCAGCAGAAAAUCUGCUCGUUUUGCCCUACGGAUGAGGCAAAUAGAUGAAGAUCGCGCAAUUCAGCAGCGACAAAUUGAGUUGGAAAAGCGCGCCCUUGCUCUGGAGCGCAAAAUCCUUGCGGAAAAGUAUAGAUUACUGGAGCAGAAAAUUCGGAAGAAAUCAGCUUCCAAAAAUAAGAGUGAAACGAGAACAGAUGACUUGAACACAACGAUGCAAUCGGCAGUUUUAGAGCGAGCAGCUCCAUUGGAAACCCAAAUAAUACCAUCGACAAAACCGAUAUGUGUACCAGUACCAGAUUGUAUGAAGAUGGAUGAGACUCAGCUGCGUAUUACCCGCGCGUUUCUCGAAACAGAUUUAAUGAGAUCAAAUCUGGCCGUCGACAGCCUUGUGAGGAGUACCGGAGAUGUCAUCUCUCUUGCGCCGUUAUCAUCAAGCUCUGAGUUCAACUCGGAGGAUAUCGCGAGCGGAACUCAGCAGAUGCUUCAUAGUAUUGUGCAGCAGCAGGCACAGAUGUGCGUCUCGAGUAUAGAACAACUUCGUGUGAAGAAGUUUUCGUGCCGUGUUCAUAGCAAGCGUAAUACUGAUACCAAAUGGUAUCGCACAACAAACAAAACUGUUUGUUUUCAUGGUCUUCAGCGUAUUAUGGUACGAGUGUUUCCAUUACCACUUUAUGAACUAGAAGAAACAUGCCACAAAAGUAUCACACUGGGAGCACUGAAGGCACUCACGGCCAUGGAACAAGAGCGAAAGGAACCUGCAUCAACGUUAAGCGAGGCACGAUCGGCCUGCCUCAAUCAUUUGGAUCCAGAUACUGGUCAGGAGUACGAGAGUUUACGAAAUGCACGAAGUGAUCCCGAAAAGAUCAAAACAAACUUCGACCAAAUCUCUUUGUUUUGUUUUGGCCUAGCAUUGAGAUACAAUCACAGGGGCAACAUGUUCUCGUUCCUUUUUGUUGGAUGUGAGAACGAGAUGCUGCAGAUUAUUUUAAAUGUAACCAAGUUCAGCAAUGAUGAAUGCUUAGACGACUGGACGCAGAACGUAGCUGCAACUACGAGGAUUAGCACGAUUGCUGUCGGCUCAUUCAGUAAGAACGAUUCCAGAACGAUCAAUGGGCUACUACUACACAUUCAUUGGCAUAAGCUUGAUACAAAACCAGUAUUGUUAUUCGAUUCAAUUUGUGAAUCGUAUCUUCUGAUUUCAUUCGUGAAUUAUUAUUCUUCGGGCCUCCUGGACUCACCGUACCCCGUGAAAUGGUCAACACUUCGAUUCCUUUUCGUAUCCACGCCCCAGGAUCUGCUUUAUGGUCUAGGUGACCCACAGACGUCGACUACAGCAUAAGCUAAGGCCGACCUCAUGACGAAAAGCAUAAGCAUAUCCAAAGGUGUCGAUCUGAGCGUCGCAGAGUCAAGUACAUCCUCGACUUGGUCAAAAUUGUGUACGUGGUUUUCUCAUUCUCGUGAUGGUAGUGAGCAAAGCUUGCAUUUUCAACAUUACCGCUUGAGAUGCUGUGACCAUGGUCGAUUUCUGGUGUCAAGUAGAGGACUAGAAGGACAAGCAGCAGUGUCUCGAGACUCCGGACGAGAGUGUGCAAUACUGAACGACAGAGUUGGCAGUAACAUCCCGUGGAGACAGCUGGAAAAUAAUACCAGCCGGAAAAGCUGGUCGAAGAGAAUGUUUCCGGGUGAAGCGGUGCUACGAAUUCGGGGAUCUGGCGUCACGAAAAACUACGCGAUUAAGGACGGCGAUCUCGCUAGUGUACCAGAUUAGAUUUACACCAUUGAUGUGCAUCAACUGCAGCCGUCUGCUGGUAAGGUAAUAGAUAUCAGUGCGACCCUCAAAUAAGCCAUUUUUUCGGUUAGAGCUAGACGUGUUGAAAGAAACGGUGUUGGUGAUAGACGACAUAAUCACAAUCCUUCUGAACUUCAGUUAGAGGAACAACAGCGGCAUCGAAAACAGUUUAGUAAAACUGGAAUCUCCAGUAUUGAAACUGGUGACCAGUGUUACGGGGGGGAGUGUUGCCGCUGGCAGCACUGGCUAUACUGCGUGUGACAGAGUAAAUUGAGCAAUGAUACGAGCUGACAUCUGCAUACAGUUGUCAGUGGUUAGUUGAAGAAAAGAACUAAUGAAAGUAUGAAGAACUUAUAAAAACCUUAUGAUCUAAUGUGUCUUAAUGCUAUUGAACUUGUUGCUCUACCUUAAUCUAUUGAAUUUGAUAUUCUACCUACAGUAAAGUGAUAGUGAGUCAUGCAAUUAUAAAAUACUAUUGAACUCUUGAUCUAACUAAAUGUGAACUAUUUACAGUAUUUAGGAGCAUGCAAUCAGAUAUGUAACGUUGUUGUGCGAGAGGAGAAGGUCGUGAUAUUGUGUAGCGACACUGAAUGUGUAAGAAUGAUGAAUUAUUUAUAGGUUAUAAGUGUUAAUAAAUAGUUAUUUGCAGUUUAAAGCUGCACUAAAACGCAAACCUGACUGCGUCUUGGAUGUGCUGCUCACAACCCGGUGAUCGAUACAAUUCCUGGUUCCUCUCCCCGCCAA